CGGAGUAAACUUUCUCUCGGCAGGCCAGCCGAUCUGCAAGUGCCUGGGAGGGGUCCUGCUCAAUUCCUGGCUCCCCAGAGCCACACUUGCUAACCCAAGAGUGAAUUACAGCAAUUGGGCAGCUUUGAAAGAUUAAUCUGUUUGGGGUGCGAUCGUCUAUUCAGGCCGGGGACCCUUUGUUAACUUUUGAACUAAGAUCGGAGGAAACACAAGCGUGGAUGAGGCGCGUCCUCUAUCUUUGCCCUUUCUGCUCUGAAGUUUUAACAAGACCCGAGGAGAGCAACGAGCUUCUGAAAGCAUGCGAAGUUCCCUCCAAGUGUGUUCAGGUACCUAGCUUCUGGACCUAGAAACUUCUCCAAAGACAGACCGGGGGAGUCUGGAUGGACCAGCGUCUCGGCCACAAAAGCUUCAAGUCUCGUCUUCCUGCUGAGAGAGUCAUCUCUUGGGUGAUCUGCGCACUUGUCGGCGGAGGAUGGAGAAACGCAAACCGGCGGGACUGCUGGCUCUGCCGUCCCCGCUACGGACGCCGCCGCCGCCGCCGCUGGGCGCGCUGGCCCGGAGGGAGCCGGGCCGGACCUCCGCGCGCCAGGACGCCGAGGACAGCGCGCGGGGACGGCCGUGCCCGCCCUUGUCGCUGGGGGGCGUCGGCGAGCCCGCCUUUCUGCGCCAGCGCAACGAGCGCGAGCGGCAGCGCGUGCGCUGCGUGAACGACGGCUACGCGCGCCUCCGCCAGCACCUGCCGCGCGAGCUGGCGGGCCAGCGGCUCAGCAAGGUGGAGACGCUGCGCGCCGCCAUCAGCUACAUCAGGCACCUGCAGGAGCUGCUGGAGCGCCACAGGCGGGACUGCAACAGCGACGGCGAGUCCAAAGCGUCCUCCGGGGCCUCGCCCUGCAGCGAGCCGGAGGAGCGCGCCUAGCAGCGCCCUCGCCCGCCAGGUUUCAUGGUAACCCGUUUCUUCUCUGGGCCCGCAUCUUAAGAAUUAAGUACUUCUGGAGUGGGGGAAAGGGUAUUUUAAUGUUUGGAGACCUCUCCACCAUCUUUGGUUCCGAACCGCAACUUACAAAUGCUUGAGGAAACUUGUGAAGCACAGAAGGACCGUCCCAGGGCUGUAACAAUUAAACCUUAGCCAGAGAAGAAACACACACACACACACACACACACACACACACACACACACACACACACACACACACACACGGCAGUCCUUCAUGUGAGAGGAACGUUCUUGAGCAUUCUGUGGGUGAAGGUAGCUGAGCUGACACUGUAACACGUAAGUGGAGCAUCUGCUAGACCUGAACAUAGGCUUGCCGACUGUGAAUAGCCACGUUAAAAAGGACAUUCUUGCUUGGUACAUACUGCUUCGUCGGCAAGAAGUCAUUUGGAAACUUUAGCAGGUAAUAAAGUGUCACGAUGUGAAUGAUCUUUUUGGAGAUCUGGACGGCCAUCUCCCCCCACCCCCCAGUUCCUGCCCACUGUUUCUCAUGCUCUUUUCUGUGCAUGCUCCCCUGUACAGUUUUCACCCUGUCUAACUUUGGGCUAAAAAAGUGACACUGACUUGAAAAAUAAAAAGCAAAUAUGCUUUGUUUCGAUGUUUGCAUUGAAUGGGGAGGCAUGUGGACGAUGGAUAUGAAUUGAACUUGCUACCUGUCCAAGCCAUUUGUCUUUGAAGGUUUUCAGAAGUAUUGAAUAUUUCACUAUGGUCAUUCCCUCUGCCUAACCAAAACAGUUAUGACUUAUAGAAAUUGCUAGAAGUUUGUUGACAUCUGAAGGUAAACUGCUUUCCAAAGCCCCUGCCCCCUAUCCACCCCACAGGCUGGGAUUUGAUCAUAGGGCCUGCUAGGCAAGUGCCCUCCCACUGGUCUACACCCAUCCCUACGUUCCUUCUAAUACCAUACUGUGAAUUGCUCUUUCUUUGGAGGUAGCUUGGGCUCAGAGGGGUGGAGCUGAGGAGAACUAGCCUUGGUGAGCACUGCCCAGGCACCAUCUCAUGCAAUCUUUUACUGCCUGACCCAUCUAAAGAACAAACAAACAAAACACAAAGACUGUCUAAAAACAACCAACCCCUUUUUAUUUUAGCAAGUGGGGGACUGGAGAGAUGGCUCAGUGGUUAAGAGUGCAUUGCUGCUCU